AUGGACGCAUCUGGCAUCGACACCAGCGAAACGCAGGCGCUUGACCAGCGAAGGACUCCCAUUAUCCUCAUGGACGGCAGGGUGCCCGCCGCGUACCCAGGCUACCGUUUCUUCCUUGCCGUCGCUCGAAUUUCGGGCUGUUGCUUCAUCGACGGAGUCCUUUUCAAGACCGGACCCUGGAUGCUCAGGCCCAACUUUCGACUGCUCUCGCUCGUACACUUCGCUUUUUGCGUCUUCCUUUCCCUGUGGCCGCCUGCGUCGUUCGUGAUGGUCAGGGCUCAGAGCAGAAAGACGCUGAGCCAGAUCCAUAGCAUAACCGGGUACGGGUUCUACGCCGCGAUUUACGGGCAGGCGCUGGUAAACAUCCUCAAUAUGGCCUUCAAGAGGAGCGACCUGGUCGACGUGGUGAGAAUGGCGUCCCAGCUGGAGCGCAGGCUCCAAGUCCCGAAGAAGGCCGUCGAGCGCAGGCUCCGGCAAGUGUCCCUCAUGUGCUUCGCCUUCGUGCUGUUCGAUGGCUUCAAGUACAUGCUGGGUUUAAGGACGGUCAUGCUCCUCGCGUUCAGCCUGCUCGACGAGUCUCAUGUUGUCUUCAGGGCGGUCUUCAUUCCGGGGUUCCUUUUGGGUUGUGUUCUAGUCACCGUCUGGUACAACCUCUCCUUCUGGAUGAUCGUCUACUUUUCCGAAAUGGUUCGGCAGUACUUCGCGGCCCUCAACGACUCCCUGGAGCUUGCACUGUCGACGUCGAAGGAAAGUUUCGAGGCUGCCGAAAGAAUCCGGACGAACCUAGUGGCCCUGCGCAAGCUGCUCACAAAGAUCAACUCCAUUAUCGGGGUUCAGGCGCUUUCGUACUACGCGGGCAGCGUGUUCUUUCUGUGUGCCACGCUGUACAGGAUCUUGAUCUCGGAAGGAGCACUCACCGAUCGGGUCUCUCGACUGACGUACCUGGCUACCAUGUCGGCGGGAAUCGUCAUCUCUACGAGGGCCUCACAUCUGAUGAGCCAGGAGGGCUACAAAAUUGAAAGCGUGGUUCAAGCAGCAGAGUUUGAAAAGCUGUCGGAUGCCUCCACACACCAACUCCACAUGCUCGUGCUGGCUGCUGAAGAUGCUCAGGGUUGCCUGACGGGCUGCGGCAUGUUCGUGAUCAACCUUCCUCUCAUCGUCGUUGUGGUUGGUGCAGUGAUAACCUACACCAUCGUCCUGGUACAGACAAGUGAUAGUGCUAUGAAUAUAAAAUGCCUGCACGGCGGAAUUACUCCCUAACGUCAACAGAAAAAUAUCACGCGUUUCAGAAAACAAUGCAGAGGGAGCAGAGUUCCGUUAUUUUGUCAUUUCUAACCUGGAAAUGAUACCAUAGAAGCAGGGUGAAACAAAAAGUAUUCUUGUUAAAAUAAAAAGUAUAUCUCUUUUGAAUACAU